AUGCGCCUCCAGGUCAUGAAUUCUACGUACGACCUGGACUCAUCCGCCAGCGAUCAAUUCCGCCCCAGCUUCCACAGUCAUGCGCCGAAAAACGUCUCCAGUGUGGACAUCUUCCAGCUACAAGACGAUGUGGCGGAACAGGAGGAGGCCAUCUGCCACAUAAACAAAGUGGGCGAGCAGUUUGUGUCCAGGUUCAACGAACAGCUCCUCGAGGCCCAGGCAGGCAUGCGUCAAAUGCGCGCCAAUAUUGGUCUCUUGCAAGAGGACGCCGCCCACCGCGCGAAAGAACUGGCCUCAUGGAAGACUUCUAUACAAAGAAGCGAAACCAAUCAGCAAGACCUCCAGGACCAGCUGUCUUCUGCUCGACAAGAUAUUGUUGCAUUGCGAGCGCAGAACGAGGCAAUGAAACGGCAGAUGGCAGGCGUACGAACCAUGGCAGUGGACGGCCUCGAGAAGAGCGACGCACAUGCAGCAGAGAUAGGCGCCCUGAGACAAGAGGUCAAAUUGCUUCGAUCUGAGCUGGCAGCCAGUCGCAUGCCCCAACAAAUCGUACAGCCGGCGUCUGACGGAAGCUCUUUGCACGAAAUGAGCGUAGCGAGCGAUGUGGUUGUUGAGGACGCGCCCCCGAGCCAUAAACGCAAGGCAACGCAUCUCGAAGACGAUGAAGACGAGGGCAGCCCCGAAUCCUCCGAGCCCUUGCGCUGCCGGCUCUUCUGGCCUGCAGCAUUCUGUGCGCACGCCGGCACCUACAUGGAGAUUGGCGAUGUCAGGGGAAAAUGGAGAGAGCAAGAAAAGCGAGCCUUGGUUUUCAUUCAAAAAGUCGACUGGUCAGAAAUCCAGACCUACCAAAGCGAGGCAUAG